CAGGAAGAGAGAGGUGGUGGGAAUAAAUAAAUAAAUAAAGAUGACAGCAUAAUUUGUCAUGCAACUAUGCAAUAUUGCAGUUAUCAUCAUUUCAAGUGAGUGUGUGUAAGUAAAUUCGAUAAGAAAAAAAAUUUCCCGCCGCAGUUUAUGACGACGACGAUAAUAAAAGUUGAAAAAAAAAAAGAAAGAAAAUAGUGAUGAAAGACAAGUCGAGCCCAGCAGUCAGUGUUUUAGUCAUAAAAUUGAAUUUGAUUGAGUCAGUUCAAAGUGGUGUGCUGAAGAAGUAACUCGUAUUUUUCACGUGCUUUUUUUUUUUUUUUUUAUUAUUUAUCUAUUUAGUGUGUACACAUACAUAUUCAAUUUUGUUUGUGUCAACUUCAUGCGGAUAUAAAUUAUACUGAAUUAUACACAAAUAUACGCCACGUUUAUUGAUGUCAUUGACCAACAGUAAUCUCAUUGUGAUCAUUCAAGGAAAACGAUAAAUAAAAGUGAAACAUAAAAAAAUAAAAUUAGAUUAAUUAGUGGUAUAUUUAAUAAGAAAAAAAAUUUAAAAAACAAUUAAACAUGUCUAGUGAUUUGUUGACUACUGUGGAUCCUUUUUGUGAAUUGCCAAUUGAAACUCUAGAGUCUGGAGUUGGCUUGGAUGAUUUUACAAAAGAAAAUGGUAUGGAUAUUGCUGAAGAAGCUGUUGAAAUUUCUUAUGCUGAAAAAUUAAAACCUGAAGAAAUAAGAUGGUUUUACAAGGAUGGUGUUGAUAAAAGAUGGAUUGAGUUUUGUGGAUAUGACAGUUUAAGAAUUGAAAAUGCCUGGAGACAAAAAGAAUAUUCAAAUAAUAGUACUAAUAAUAAUCAUGAUGCUGUUGAUAAUAAUCAUGAUGAUGACAAUAAUACAAAAGAUGUUGAAAAUGUCGUUGUCAAAGGUGGCAUGUAUGAUGUUGAAUUGGAUAAUAUGAGAUGUGUCUCAAUCUAUUGGCCAGGUGAAGAAUGGGAAAUAAUGAGAGCAACAUGGUACUACGAUGCAAGCUGGAUUCCCUUGGAGCCAGAACAUUCAAAAGUCAUUGAAGAAGCUCAUCUCAAGCUUUUUGAUAAGCAAAAUAAUUCAACUGGUUCAACACCAUCAGAUGCUUCACCUUCACAUACAUACAAAGUUCUUCAUACAGAACAUUUUUCCGAGUUCCACGUUGACUGGCAUGCUAUUAAUGAUGUCGCCUUGUACAGUGAAUAUACAACGAGUAAAUUAAUGCGUAGCGUGACAACAAGAUUAGGAUUUAGUAAAACUAGUGGCUAUCAAUUAAGAAGAGGAUAUAAAACAAUUGCUGUUAUGGAUGAUAAACCUUAUGAUAUUGAUCAUCUUGUAUUUGUUGUUCAUGGUAUUGGUCAAAAACGUGAUACUGGAAAAAUAAUACGUAACACUGCACUAUUUCGUGACUGUGUUGAUUGGUGUAAAGAAAAAUAUUUUCCAAGUUCAAAGCAUCGUAUUGAAUUUUUCCCAGUUGAAUGGCGUUCGUCAUUAAAACUUGAUGGUGACAUUGUUGAUGCAAUAACACCCUACAGUGUUAUGAGUAUUCGACAUUUAUUAAAUACAUCAGCAAUGGAUAUAAUGUAUUACACAAGUCCACUAUAUGGUGGUGAAGUUAGAUUAGGUUUACAAAAAGAAUUAAACCGUUUACAUCAUAUGUUUGUUAGUCGUCAUCCAAAUUGGUCUGGAAAAAUAUCAAUAUUAGCUCAUUCACUUGGUUGUGUUAUUGUUUAUGAUAUUGUUACUGGUUGGAUGGGACAUGAUAAACAUUUAUUAUCACAAAUAUCACCAGAUAUAUCACCAGAUGGUCUUAAAUUCAAUAUUGAAAAUAUGUUUUGUCUUGGUUCACCAUUAUCAGUAUUUCUUGCAUUACGUACACGAACAACAUCAACAAAUAAAAUUGAUUUUGUACCACAAUAUUUAUGUAAAAAAUUUUUUAAUAUAUUUCAUUGGUCUGAUCCAGUUGCAUAUCGUAUGGAACCAUUAUUAGUACGUGGUUAUUCAAAAAUAGAACCAGUAUUAAUAAUGCCAUAUGGUGGUGUUGAUGGACAACAAGGUGAACAACCACCAUCAUCAUUAUCAAAUCCAGAUGGAAAUAUGCCAACAUCAGACAAUGAAGAAAGAGAAGUUGAGAGUCCAACAGAUACACCAAUUAGAGGUGGUGAUAAAGGCUGGAGUUUAUGGGGUCUUGUUAGAGGUGGAUGGAAUAAUAAAGAGGGUGGAUCAUCACCUAUACCAGAUAAUAAUCCAAUCCGUCCUGAUGAAGAAUUGGAACAACGACUUGAUUAUGUUCUAAGAGCUGGUGGACUUGGCAGAAAUUAUUUGUAUACUGUCAGAGCACAUACAGCUUAUUGGAAUAAUUAUGAUGUUGCUUAUUUUGUUCUUACCAAAUUAUUUCCAAAUUUGGAAACAUGAUGUUGGCUUUCGCCGGAUGGCAAUGACAAUAGUCCACCUGAAUUUUAAAUAAUUGUAAGUGAUAAUAACUAGUCUGAUUACAGGUUUCUUUUUUCUUUUUUUUUUUUUUUUUGUCAAUUUAAUUUUGCACUUUUAUGCAACUAGACCUGCCAGAGUGAAGAAAUAAUUUAAUAUUAAUUCAAGCAAAUAAUUAACUUAAUAAAAAAUAAUACUAACGACA